CCUUCCACGAGAGUCACGGUUUUGCUUCCACGAGAGGCACGGUUGUGAUUUCGCGAGAGGCACGGGCGUGCCUCUUUCGGAAAGGGAAAAAACCGUGCUCCCGGUUCGGUUUUUUCGCCUGAUUUUUUCGUCCGUUUUUUCUGAAAAAAAAUUCGUCAAAACAUAUCAACAUGGGAUCUAAUUUUGAAGAUCUUGACGCGAAGAAUUCAAUGAUGAAAACGGUUCGAGAUUUGGACGCACGGUUUAAGAGAUAAAACGUUUUGAAUAAACGGAUUUACGAAAAAAGGAAAAACUCCCAGGUUGCGACAAGUGGCGCGCUCCAUGUGCGCCACUUGUCGUGACCUGGGAAAGUGGAGUGUUCUUUACCACGAGUACUCCUUAAUUAAUUAGUGAUUUCGAAGUUUGCCUCCGGGUUGUGUAAAUAUUUUACUGUAGGCUGUAGCGUAACUAAUUUACUAGUAGAUGAUGAUUAAGCAAGAUGCCUGAGGUGGUUACCAUUGCAUUACACUGUGUUGAUUGGCCAACUGAUUACGAAGUAUAUGUCAGCUAUUUCCUACUGAUGACGAUCCAUUGACUCACUCCGGUUUUGCAAGGUGUCCCAGAACUGAAAUUGCGUGCAGCUUUUCCAUUGGCUGAUGUGCCGAGCCCGCAAGGCACCACCUUGUGUAUAUUGUAUAGUGUCCAUACAGUGAGAUUGUCUAGACCAUUUGUCUAGAGAGUCAGCGCUACAGAUCAUCAAACCAAGAGCUGACUGAAAUUAACUUUUGCCAAUAUAACCACCACCAGUGCAUUAUAGUACACUGUUGCCGCAGAACCAUGGACAGGACAACUGGACAAGUGGUGUGAAAAGCCAAUCUUUGCUCGUCAGCUUUCUUUGAGCUCAAGCAUCAGAGUUCCAGUCAGAUUCAACCAAACCGACCGACUAAACUCCUCGUGAUGCUUAUACAAUAAUCAGAUCACAGCAACGGAACCUCCAGUGAACACUAGUUUAUUACACGAUGCUUAAUUACCUCCCAAGAAAUUCCAUCUCAUCUUCUUAGAUCACCGUGGAUGCAUAAAAUAAACCUGUUUGACUUGACCUGAUCACUCCGUAGUACAUAUGAACAGUGAUCUUCACUAACCUGUCCAAAUCAACAACAUUCUAGUGAUGGUACGGUCGAUGAGACCCUUCGUCCUGGUGCUUUUGAUCACUGUCAGUGGUUUGAGCUUGUUGCUCCCAUGCCCGCCAGCCGUCGCGGCGGCGCGCGAGAGCCUCGUCCGGGGCGCCUCUAUUGCCGUCGAGGACUAUGCCACCGACUUCCUGCGCUCGCCGGGCGGCACCUUCGCCUGCGGCUUCUACCGCGUCUCCUCCACCGUUUUCACCUUCUCCAUCUGGUUCACGCGCGCCAAGGAACGCUCCGUCGUCUGGACCGCCGAUCGCACGCGGCCUGUCCACAGCACGGGCUCGCGCCUCACGCUAGAUAAGCGCGGUGGCGCGCUCAUCCUCACCGACUACGACGGCGAGCCGGUGUGGAACUCCACCGUGGCCGGCGCUCCGACGGCCUCGCGCGCCCAGCUCCGCGACACCGGCAACCUCGUCGUGGAGGACGCCGACGGGAGAGCGCUCUGGCAGAGCUUCCACUUCCCCACGGACACGCUGCUGCCCACGCAGCGCCUCACCGCGACGACUCGCCUGGUGUCGUCGCGCGACGACAGGCUGCUCUCCUCCGGCUACUACAGCCUCGGGUUCAGCGACUACGCCAUGCUCUCCCUCUUCUACGACAACGGCAACUUCUCCAGCAUCUACUGGCCCAACCCCUACAACAACUACGUCGCCAACAACCGCAGGAUCUACAACUUCACCCGCGAGGCCGCCAUGGACGCGCUCGGCAACUUCCUCUCGAGCGACAACGCCAACUUCCAGGCGGCCGACCUCGCCGCCGCCGGUGUCCGGAGGCGGCUCACGCUCGACGCCGACGGCAACCUCAGGGCGUACAGCCUGGACGCGGCGACGGGGACGUGGGCGGUGUCGUGGAUGGCGUUCCGCAACCCCUGCACCAUCCACGGCGUCUGCGGCGCCAACGCGGUGUGCCUCUACGCGCCGGCGCCUUCGUGCGCCUGCGCGCCGGGGCACGAGCGAACCGACCCCGGCGACUGGACCAGGGGGUGCCGGCCGACUUUCCGGCAGCGCCAGUGCGGGAAGCCGACGCGGACGCCGACGAGGCUGAUGGCACUGCCGCACUCCGACUUCUGGGGCUACGACCUCAACGACGGCGAGAUCAUGCCGUUGGCGGAGUGCGCCAGGAGGUGCCGCACCAACUGCGCAUGCGUCGCGUUCCAGCACAAGGCCAACAUGGAGUGCUACCUCAAAAGCGUCCUCUUCAACGGCAGGACGUUCCCCGGCUUGCCGGGGACGGUGUACAUCAAGGUCCCGGUCGACUUCGUCGUCCCGGAGUUCCACGUCCACCAAUGGCAAGCGCACGUACACGGCGGCCUUGCCAUCCUUGAGGAGAACAUCACCGGCUGCGGCGACCGCGCCGCUCAGGAGGUCCUCCUCAACGCCUCCGCCUUGUCACACAAGCACGUCGGUGACGCCGCGGGGAAACCGGUGUGGCCGUACCUGUACGGGUUCCUGUCGGCGCUGCUCGUCGUGGAGGCCGUUGUCAUUGGGCUCGGCUGCCUGCUCUUCUCCAGGAAGGGACUGUUCACGCGGUCUUCCCCGGUGUACCCCAUGGACGAAGGCUACAGACUCAUCCUCCUCACCACAAGUUUCCAGAGAUACAGCUACGCUGCGAUCAAGAAGGCCACGGGGAACUUCGCCGACGAGAUCGGCCGCGGCGGGUCUGGCGUGGUGUACAGGGGCGUUCUCGACGACGGCCGGAUCGUGGCCGUCAAGGCGCUGACGACGAGCGUGAGCCGCUCCCACGGGGAGGAGGAGUUCCAGGCGGAGCUGAGCGUGAUCGGCAGGAUCUACCACAAGAACCUGGUGAGGAUCAUCGGCUGCUGCUCCCAAGGCAAGCACCGCAUCCUCGUCUCCGAGUUCAUCGAGAACCGCUCGCUCGCCACGAUGUUGUUCUUGGACGAAGACGGCGACGGUGACGGCGGCGAUGAUCACGACGACGUCCUCGGGUGGAGCCAGCGGUUCCGGAUCGCCGUCGGCGUGGCCAGGGGCCUCGCCUAUCUGCACAGCGAGUGCCUCGAGUGGAUCAUCCACUGCAACAUGAAGCCGGAGAACAUAUUGCUGGACCGUGAUCUGGAGCCCAAGAUCACCGACUUCGGGCUCGCCAAGCUGCUGGACCGCCGCCCCCUCGGGUCCGCCUCUCGCCUAGUGCGGGAGGCGAACCCGUCGCGGCGGAUCAGGGGGACGAGGGGGUACAUGGCGCCGGAAUGGGUGUCGAGCCUGGCCAUCAGCGACAAGGUCGACGUGUACAGCUUCGGCGUGGUGCUGCUGGAGCUGGUGAAAGGGGUCAGGGUGGCGGACGGCGACCAGAAUACGGACGUCAGGGCCGUGGCCAAGGCUGUGAGCGAGAAGAUGCAUUCCGGCAGCGUGGAUGAUCUUGUGGAUGGCCGGCUCGCCGGCGACUUUAACCGCGCGCAGGUGAAGGUGGUGGUUGGUGUUGCCUUGUCGUGCUUGGAGGAGGACAGGAACCGGCGGCCGAGCAUGAGCGCGGUGGUGCAGGCGCUCGUCUCCGUUGAAGAUGCGUGAACCCAAAGUUGUUGUUUAUCUGGUGCCAUUGCACCUAGGAGCCAAACGUCCGCGUUGGUGAGUUUGGGAUCAAAAUGUUUGGUUGUUUAUUCAAAGGUUUACAUGAUUUUCAUGGAGUUGCAUGCUUUGUUAUCCUUGUUGUAGGAUUUUCACCUUUUUCACAAUAAUGAUGAGCGCUUCCUCGACAGGGGCUACCCUUCUCCACCAAGCAUGCAUAUAACCUUUUAACGCUAGAAGAAGGCAAUUUUUUUUGCUAAUGUUGAUCUAAUUUUGGCUAUAAAGUUGCACCAAAGAGAACAAUCUUUGCACGGUUUCUAUUCUGCAAUAGGUUAAACUCCAAAGCAAAACUUUCUUGUGUAGACAUACUGCGUCUACAAGUGAGUGUUGUCGGUGUCAUCACCAACUCAAGCAUGUUGCCCACAUUUUUCUCUCAUGCCCUCUUGCCCUAGGGAAUUGGCGACGUAUGGGCAUCUCGCCAGUAUUAAUCAUUGAAGGGCAAUGGGAUAGAUGUACCCCCAGUGACUACUAUUCCUCAGUUUAGACACCUAUCCUUUUGUGCAUUGCUUCCUCUAAUCUAAGAAUUUGUUGCCCCCCUGAAAGUGCUAGUUAUCGACUAGAGGGGGGAAGGUGAA